GGUUCAUGCAUGGGAAGAGAAUGGGUUUUUAGGGUGGAUAUCCCUUCAAAAAGCGGCACUGCUGGGACGUUUUCAGUUUCAGGAGAACAACCUUAUAUAUCUCAUUAAACUGAAAUUAUUAUUAUUAUUAUCAUCAUCUUACAAAAAGUUGUGGUGUCUACACUUCUUUUUUGGUAUGUUGGUUUGUCAUUUUCACAGCUCUAGAUUUAGAUUGGUUGAUUAAUAAUAUAUUUUUUAACUGGUACAAAGUCAGGAUGAGUGUUUGUUUGAGAGCGUUUGGAAAUCUAUGAAGAUUUAGUUUAUUUCUUUUUUGUAAAUCUGAAGGGUUUAUUUGUUAGCUCUCAACCAAUGAUAACAAGAGCAUGUAGAGAGAAGCGAGGAACUAGUUUUCCCCCUAAUAUUUUUAGAUGAUAGAAGAAUAGCAGACAAGCUAGUAGUAAUCUCAUGAUCAUGUCAACCAAACCAAUUACUAUUCUUCUCUUGUUCCUCAAAAUUCUUUUGUUUCCAGCCAUUUCUGCUUUGAAUCAAGAAGGUCUGUCUCUACUUUCAUGGCUUUCAACCUUUAAUUCUUCACCCUCUGCUACUUUCUUCUCUUCAUGGAAUCUCCACCAAAACCCAUGCACGUGGGACUACAUUGAAUGUUCGAGUGAUGGCUUUGUUCGGCAUAUUACAAUUACCUCUAUUCAUCUUCCUACCACUUUUCCCACACAACUCCUCUCCUUUCAUCACCUUGCAACUUUAAUCCUUUCAAAUGGGAACCUCACUGGCCACAUUCCACCUUCUAUAGGAAACCUUUCAUCGCUCGUCACCUUGGACCUCAGCUAUAAUCUUCUAACUGGAAAAAUCCCUGCAGAAAUUGGGAAUUUAGCUGAAUUGCAGUUGUUGGCACUAAAUACAAAUUUGUUGCACGGUGUGAUUCCGCCUGAAAUUGGAAACUGUUCAAAUCUUCAACAGCUUGAAUUCUUUGAUAACAAUCUAUCAGGAAGGAUUCCUGCACAAGUAGGACAACUAAAAGCUUUGGAGAUUUUUCGAGCUGGUGGAAACUCAGGAUUUCGUGGAGAAAUCCCAAUGCAGAUAUCAAACUGCAAAGAACUAGCCUUUUUGGGUCUUGCAGAUACUGGAAUUUCAGGACAAAUACCAAGCAGUUUAGGGGAGCUGAAGAAUCUCCAAACUCUUUCAAUCUACACAGCCAAUCUUACUGGCAAUAUACCAAUAGAACUUGGCAAUUGUUCAGCCUUAGAGAACAUCUUUCUGUAUCAGAACCAACUUUCAGGUAAGAUUCCCAACGAAUUGGGCUUGCUAAAAAAUCUCAAGAGGGUGUUGUUGUGGCAAAACAAUCUAAGUGGGAGCAUUACCGAAUCUCUAGGUAACUGCUCCAGUUUGAUGGUCAUUGAUUUGUCAUUGAACUCUUUAAGUGGUGAGUUGCCCUUGUCUAUGACAUAUUUAAUGGCAUUAGAGGAGCUCCUUUUGUCUGGCAACAACUUGUCUGGAGAAAUUCCACUGUUUUUCGGCAACUUUUCUAAUCUAAAGCAACUUGAAUUGGACAAUAAUAGUUUUAGGGGUAGGAUUCCACCAACAAUUGGCCAAUUGAAACAACUUUCACUAUUCUUUGCCUGGCAGAAUCAACUCCAUGGAAGCAUACCAGUUGAGCUGGCCAACUGCGAGAAACUUCAAGCAUUGGAUCUUUCACACAAUCUGCUUACUGGGUCAGUUCCAUAUUCUCUCUUCAAUCUCAAAAACUUAAGUCAAAUGUUAUUGAUAUCAAAUAGGAUUUCAGGAGAAAUUCCACCAGACAUUGGGAAUUGCACCAGCUUGAUACGUUUAAGACUAGGAUCAAACAACUUUAGUGGUCAUAUUCCGUCUGAAAUCAGGUUCCUGCAUAACUUGAGCUUCUUAGAAUUAUCAGAAAAUCAAUUCACGGGAGAGAUUCCUCAAGAGAUUGGCAAUUGCAUUCAGCUAGAGAUGGUAGAUUUGCAUGACAAUAAGCUCCAAGGGACAAUCCCUUCAUCUCUUGCAUUUCUUGUCAAUCUCAAUGUUUUAGACAUUUCAAUGAAUAACAUAGGAGGAACUAUUCCGCCAAAUCUGGGCAAAUUAAUUUCCUUGAAUAAACUUACCAUAAGUGGAAACAAAGUUACAGGUACAAUUCCUAAAAGUCUAGGCCUUUGCAAGGAUUUGCAGUUGUUGGACUUGAGUAGAAAUAAACUCGUCGGUCCUAUCCCUAAUGAGAUUGGUCAAUUGCAAGGAUUGGAUAUUCUACUCAACCUGAGUUGGAAUUCUCUCAAUGGCCCAAUUCCGGGAGGCUUCUCAAAUUUAUCAAAGCUUGCCAAUUUAGAUCUCUCUCACAACAUGUUAACAGGAAACCUAGCAGUUCUCAGUAGCCUUGACAACCUUGUUUCUCUGGAUAUCUCCUACAACGAAUUUUCUGGCAUCCUUCCCAACACCAAGUUCUUCCAAAGUCUCCCUCCCACAGCGUUUUUUGGUAAUCAAAAUCUUUGUAUCAAUACAAAAAAAUGUCAUUUAAACAGGGCUCACCAUGCCGGGAAAUCCACAAGAAAUCUUGUUAUAUGCACUCUUCUUAGUGUCAUUGCAACUAUGAUAUUCGUUGUCGUUGGUGUACUUUUGUUCAUCAAAUUCCAUGGAGUUGCAUUUGGGAUGAUUGAUGAAGAUCACAAUUUGAAGUGGGAUUUCACACCAUUUCAAAAGUUUGAUUUCUCAGUAAAUGAUAUUUUGACAAGGUUGUCAGAAUCUAAUGUUAUUGGGAGGGGUUGUUCAGGCACGGUUUACCGAGUUGAAACUCCCACCAAACAGGUUAUUGCAGUAAAAAAGCUAUGGCCAGUCAAGAAAGAAGAGCUUCCAGUUCCAGAGAGGGAUUUGUUUUCUGCAGAAGUCGAGACACUUGGAUCCAUAAGGCAUAAAAACAUUGUGAGGCUUUUAGGAUACUGUAACAAUGGGAAAACUAGAUUGCUCUUGUUUGAUUACAUAAGUAAUGGGAGUCUGGCAGGGCUUCUCCAUGAAAACAGGACUUUCUUGGACUGGGACGCAAGAUACAAGAUCAUACUUGGAGCAGCCUACGGUUUAGCUUAUCUUCACCACGAUUGUAUUCCCCCAAUUAUUCAUCGUGAUAUCAAGGCGAAUAAUAUACUGGUGGGACCGCAGUUUCAAGCCUUCCUGGCAGAUUUUGGACUAGCAAAGCUUGUUGACUCAUCAAAAAAUUUGAGACCGUCCCACAUUGUUGCUGGGUCUUAUGGAUACAUUGCUCCUGAAUAUGGAUACAGUAUGAGGAUCACAGAAAAAAGCGAUGUAUAUAGCUAUGGUGUGGUGCUCCUAGAAGUCUUAACAGGAAAACAGCCAACUGAUAGUAGAAUCCCAGAUGGUGGUCACAUUAUCAGCUGGGUAAACACGGAACUGCGGGAAAGAAAAAGAGAGUUCACAGCGAUUCUUGAUCAACAACUGUUGCUACAAUCAAGUACGCAGAUCCAAGAGAUGCUUCAAGUGCUUGGGGUGGCUCUUCUUUGUGUGACUCCUUGUCCUGAGGAAAGACCAACAAUGAAAGACGUGACAACAAUGCUACAGGAGAUUAGACAUGAAAAACAGGAUUUUGAAAAGCCAAAUUUGCUUUGCAGAAGAGUAAUGAUUAAUCCAAGAACAGCAAUUCACUCUUCUAGUUUCUCUAGAUCAUCUGAACCUUUAAUUAGGUCAUAGUUGAUUACUUUCCCAAAAUUAAAUAUUUAUAAUUCCAUCUGUAUUUUUUUUCAAGUAACACAAAAGGAAAACAUUUGUAUAGACUGACAUCUUGGAGGAUUAAUGGGAUUUCAUGUAAA